CUCUAUGCUGGGCUGAUUUCAUUUUUAAAACUCCCUUCCAGCUACUGUCCAGCUGAGAGCAUCUGUACUUUAUAAAGAGCAACAAGGUAAAAUGGACAGCAGAGACACCGGUGAAACAUUUUAAAAUAUUUCUUCUCUGAAAAAUGUCACACUGAAAAAUCUAGACUGGAAAAGAAGACACCCCCCCCCCCCCCCCAAGGCCAAGGCUGCUGAAGUUCUGAACUAGCUGAUCCCGCAGCACUGGACGCGUGAACACCAACACACACAAGGAGGGAAAAAAGGCCCCUUGCAGCACUGAACUAAGGAUCCGGACUAACACGGCUCCUCCUCUGACACUUCCCAAGUCCCGUUUCCAACCGCUGCAGUUCCCCUUUCUCCCAGCAGGGGCCAGGAGCGACUAGGAGGGAGCCCUCAGCUGCGCGCAGCUGCCUUUCCGCUCCAGCAGGGGGCGCCUGUGCGCGCUCCUCCCCUCCCCUCCCGACGCCUUGCACAGCCGGGAGCGCUCCGUGCAGCCAGCCAGGCUCCCGGCGUCCACCUGCCUGCCUGUACCUGCCCCUCCGCACACCCAGCCCCUGCCUUCCAUCUUUGCCCAGCCCGGCUGCUCUCCUGCUGCCUUCCCCGGAGAGAGGUUCUGCUCCGAAGCGCCCCAGGACAGGACCAGCCACCCCCCCAGACCCGGUGCCGGCCAUGGGUCCCUGCUGAGCCACCCGGGGUGGAGGUAGGAAGUGGGGAAAAGUCACCACGAUCCAGCCAUGGGCAGCAAGGAGCGCUACCACUGGCAGGCGCAGAAUGUCAAGCACAGCGGGGUGGACGACAUGGUGCUGCUGGCCAAGAUCAGCGAGGACGCCAUUGUGGAGAACCUGAAGAAACGCUUCCUGGAUGACUACAUCUUCACAUACAUCGGGCCGGUCCUCAUCUCUGUCAACCCUUUCAAACAGCUGCCCUACUUCACCGAUCGCGAGAUUGACAUGUACCAGGGAGCCGCCCAGUAUGAGAACCCGCCCCACAUCUAUGCUCUGGCCGAUAACAUGUACCGCAACAUGCUGAUUGACGGGGAGAACCAGUGCGUCAUCAUCAGCGGGGAGAGCGGCGCUGGCAAGACCGUGGCGGCCAAAUAUAUCAUGAGCUACAUCUCCAAGGUGUCCGGCGGGGGCCCCAAAGUGCAGCACGUCAAGGACAUCAUCCUGAAAUCCAACCCGCUCCUGGAGGCCUUUGGAAACGCCAAGACCGUUCGCAACAAUAACUCCAGCCGCUUUGGCAAGUACUUCGAGAUCCAGUUCAGCCGAGGCGGGGAGCCCAACGGGGGCAAGAUCUCCAACUUCCUGCUGGAGAAGUCGCGGGUGGUGAGCCAGAACCCCGGCGAGAGGAGCUUCCACGUCUACUACCAGCUGCUGGAGGGCGCCUCCCCGGCACAGCGGGAGAACCUGGGCAUCACCAGUCCAGAUUAUUACUACUAUCUCAACCAGUCGGCGUCCUACAAGGUGGACGACAUGAACGACCGGCAGGAGUUCCAGGAGACGCUGGCGGGCAUGGAGGUGGUGGGGCUCUCUGGGGAGGAGCAGGCCCUGGUGCUGCAGAUCGUGGCCGGGAUCCUUCACCUGGGCAACAUCAGCUUCCGGGAGGAGGGGAACAACGCCGCCGUGGAGAGCGAGGACUUCCUGGCUUUCCCCGCCUACCUCCUGGGCAUCGACCAGGGCCGGCUGAAGGAGAAGCUGACCAGCCGGAAGAUGGACAGCCGGUGGGGUGGCAAGUCGGAGGUGAUCGAUGUGACGCUCAACGCCGAGCAGGCCAGCUUCACCCGCGACGCCCUCGCCAAGGCGCUCUACUCCCGGCUCUUCGACUACCUGGUGGACGCCAUCAACAAAGCGAUGCAGAAGGACUACGAGGAAUACAACGUCGGGGUGCUGGACAUUUACGGCUUCGAGAUCUUCCAGAAAAACGGCUUUGAGCAAUUCUGCAUCAACUUUGUGAACGAGAAGCUACAGCAGAUUUUCAUCGAGCUCACCCUAAAGGCAGAGCAGGAGGAGUACAUCCAGGAAGGGAUUCGCUGGAGCCCCAUCGAUUAUUUCAACAACAAAAUCGUCUGCGACCUGAUCGAGAGCAAAGUGAACCCGCCGGGGAUCAUGAGCAUCCUGGACGACGUGUGCGCCACCAUGCACGCCAAGGGCGAGGGCGCCGACCAGAGCCUGCUGCAGAAGCUGCAGAUGGCCGUGGGCACCCACCAGCACUUCAACAGCUGGAACAAGGGCUUCAUCAUUCACCACUACGCCGGCAAGGUCUCCUACGACGUGGAGGGAUUCUGUGAGCGAAACCGUGACGUGCUCUUCACCGACCUCAUCGAGCUGAUGCAGAGCAGUGAGCUCCCCUUCAUCCAAGACCUCUUUCCUGAGAACAUUAACGCGGAGAAGAAAGGGCGCCCCACCACAGCUGGGAGCAAGAUCAAGAAACAAGCGAACGACCUGGUGAGCACCCUGACGAAGUGUACCCCCCACUACAUCCGCUGCAUCAAACCCAACGAGACCAAGAGACCCCGCGACUGGGAGGAGAGCAGGGUGAAGCACCAGGUGGAAUACCUGGGCCUGCGGGAGAACAUCCGGGUGCGCCGGGCCGGGUACGCCUACCGGCGGGUCUUCCAGAAGUUCCUGCAGAGGUACGCCAUCCUCACCCCCGAGACAUGGCCGGCCUGGCGGGGGGAUGAGAAGCAGGGUGUGGUGCACCUGCUGCGCUCCGUCAACAUGGACCCAGACCAGUACCAGCUGGGCCAGAGCAAGGUCUUCAUCAAGGCCCCAGAGUCGCUGUUCCUGCUGGAGGAGAUGCGGGAGCGGCGUUACGAUGGAUACGCCCGGGUCAUCCAGAAGGCCUGGCGCAAGCACGUCGCUGUGCGCAAGUACAUCCGCAUGAGGGAGGAAGCCUCCAACAUCCUGCUGAACAAGAAGGAGCGCCGGCGCAACAGCCUCAACCGCAACUUCGUGGGCGACUACAUCGGGCUGGAGAGCCGGCCCGAGCUGCGGCGCUUCGUGGGCCGGCGCGACCGCGUGGACUUCGCUGACACCGUCACCAAGUACGACCGGCGCUUCAAGAGGGUGAAGCGGGACCUGAUCCUGACGCCCAGAUUCCUGUACCUCAUCGGGCGGGAGAAGGUGAAGCAGGGCCCUGAGAAGGGGACGAUCAAGGAGGUGCUGAAGCGGCAGGUGGAGCUGGAGAGGAUCCAGUCAGUGUCUCUGAGCACCUUGCAGGAUGACUUCCUCAUCGUCCAUGAGCCACAGUACGACAGUGUCCUGGAGUCUGUCUUCAAGACGGAGCUGCUGAGCCUGCUGUGUAAACGCUACGAGGAGACGACCUGCCAGCAGCUGUCCGUGAAGUUCAGCAACCAGCUGGAGUUCAAGGUCAAGAAGGAUGGCUGGGGCCCCUGGGGGGCAGCUGGCUCCCGCCAGAUCCAGUUCCAGAUCUGCCAGGGCGACGUGGCGCUGCUCCGGAACAACGGGAAGGUGCUGAUCGUCAGUAUCGGGCCUGGGCUGCCCAGGAACGCCCGGCCCACGCGGCGGGACACCAGGAAGAGCAGGUACCUGAACAGCAGCAGCAUCCCCUGCCGGAACUACCCCCCUGCAGCAGGCAGAGACAGGAGUGACGCCAGCCGGCGCGGUAGCCCUGGGUCCCGUGCCCCUCCCCAGCACCGUGUCUCCAUCGCCCGGCAGGGCAGCAUGGAGCAGCCCACCCUGCCUAGGCAUGGAGCCAGCCCCAGGGCCAAAGCCUUCCCUGCCCAGCUCAACCUGGACUUCAUGAAUGUGCCGGACCAGGGCGCAGCCGGCUGGCAGCGGAGGCUCUCAAAAGAAGCCAAGCCCAUCCCCGGGGGCGGCCGAGCCAAACCCAAACCCAAGCCAAAGCCCCAGCCGCGCCUGCCCCAGUGCCGCGCCCUCUACGCCUAUGAUGCCCAGGACACAGAUGAGCUCAGUUUCAAUGCUGAUGAAUACAUUGAACUUAUUAGAGAAGACCCCUCAGGCUGGUGGCAGGGCAGGAUACGAGGGAAAGAAGGACUGUUCCCCGGGAACUAUGUGGAAAAACUCUGACGGACGUGCCAGCUUCAUUGCUCCGAUUCUGACCCUGGAAUCUAGGAGGGAAGAGACGUGUCUGCAGGAUCCAAUCAGCCUUGCUCCUGGAUUGCUGCUAGGCUCUGAGGCCACUAAUUUAAGGCAAUUGAGCAGGAGGAGGAUCAUGUUGAGAGAGUCUUCUUCCUCUGAGGUCUUAGGCCCCCAGCAUGUUGCCUUCUUCUGCUCUGGGGAGGCUGCAGGUUAGCUUGUCUGUUCUCCUGACCGAGGAGCAACUUGGCAGGCAGUGGGCCUCCCUUCUCAGGAACCAGCACCUACUGCUUGGACUCACCAGGACAAGACCAGCUGCUCAGUCUUGUUGCACAGGGUAAAAAAAAAAAAAGUCUCCUUCCUCCAUAACUGUAUAAAAAGAAUAAAUUGAUGGUUUAUUUUCUA